GUGACUCCCUGCCGAGAGUUCACAGGGUACUUUGCUAGAAGCUGAGUUGCUAAAAAGUUAGAGAGAGAGAGGGAGGGAGAGAAAAGCAGUGAGAGAAAGCAGAAUGAGUGGAGGUGGGGAAGAAGAGGCCACCUUGGAGCACACUCCCACAUGGGUUGUUGCUCUCGUUUGCACUGUCAUCGUCGCCGUUUCACUCGCCGCCGAACGUUUUCUUCAUUAUGGCGGCAAGUUCCUCAAGAAGAGGGAUCAGAAGCCGCUCUAUGAAGCUCUUCAGAAAAUCAAAGAAGAGUUGAUGCUGUUGGGUUUUAUCUCGCUGCUUCUGACGGUUACACAGAAUGGUAUUACCAAGAUUUGCGUUCCGCCGGGUUUUACCCACCAUAUGCUUCCUUGUGAUUCGAAUGAAGGAGAAGGUGAAAAAUCAAAGACACCUAUAUCCCAUUUUCAGAGCUUCUUCUCUUCCCCUGAUAUUUCUGGAACUGUUCGUCGUCUUCUUGCUGAGGGGUCGUCGUCUAGUAGCUACUGUGCUCGUAAGCACAAGGUUCCAUUGUUAUCUCUGGAAGCCAUCCAUCACCUGCACAUCUUUAUAUUUGUUCUGGCCGUGGUCCAUGUAACCUAUUGUGUUUUGACUAUUUUCUUCGGAGGAUUGAAUAUACGUCAGUGGAAGCAUUGGGAGGACUCAAUUGCUAAAGACAACUAUGAAACACAGAGAGUUCUGGAACCAAAGAUCACUCAUGUUCACCAGCAUGAUUUUAUUAAGGGCCAUUUUCUGGGCUUUGGUAAAGACUCUGUUCUGAUGGGUUGGUUGCACUCCUUUUUCAAGCAAUUUUAUGGCUCUGUGACUAAACUGGAUUAUACGACUUUACGGCAUGGUUUUAUCAUGACUCACUGCAAGUCAAAUCCGAAGUUUAACUUCCACAAAUACAUGAUACGGGCCCUUGAAGAUGAUUUUAAACAAGUUGUUGGUAUAAGUUGGUAUCUAUGGAUCUUUGUGGUCCUCUUUUUGUUGCUUAACAUUAGUGGCUGGCAUACAUAUUUUUGGAUAGCGUUUAUUCCCUUUAUCCUUCUACUAGCUGUGGGCACUAAGUUGGAGCAUGUAAUAAUACAAUUAGCUCAUGAAGUGGCUGAAAAGCAUGCUGCCAUAGAAGGUGAAUUGGUUGUUCAACCAUCAGAUGCUCACUUUUGGUUUCAUCGGCCUCACUUCAUCCUCUUCCUGAUUCACUUCAUCCUUUUCCAGAAUUCUUUUGAGAUAGCGUUCUUUUUCUGGAUAUUGGUUACUUAUGGCUUUGAUUCCUGCAUAAUGGGACAAGUCCGUUACAUUGUCCCCAGGCUCGUCAUUGGGGUAUUCAUUCUGGUCCUUUGCAGCUACAGUACGCUCCCUUUGUAUGCACUCGUUACGCAGAUGGGAACUCACUUCAAGAAGGCAAUAUUUGACGAGCAUGUGCAAGUGGGGCUUGUUGGUUGGGCUCAAAGAGUGAAGAAGAAGAAAGAACACAGAAAUGAUCAUUCUGGGCAGGGAAGUUCUCAUGAUGGCUCUUCCUCAGUGGGGGUCCAAAUGGCUUCCAUUUUCAAAAGAGCAUCUGCCCCGGAAGGCAAUCCUCCUCCCCCAAAACCUGAGGGCUCUGUUUGAGUCUUCCUAUCAAAAGUAAAUUAAUUGACGACUGCGUUUCUGUAUAGUAGUAGUUUGGCAUUUUAACUUUUGCCGUCAAAGAUUGAACACGUAAUGAGUUACUUCAUGAACCUACGUUGUAUGUUUUUUCCCUUCUUUUUGUCUUUCUAAUCAUCAAAUUCAAAGUGAUGAUUCAAAGAUGUUGAAACCCGAAAGUACUUGCAAUGAGUUUUCCCCCCGGUUGUCUGGAAAAUGGAACUGCUAGUUUACUUUGAAAAUGACGUAACUUGGAUUGUGCGGGAGACAUUUUGAUUGCCAAUAUUUGUUGAGUUGCUUGUAAUGCA